GUGACGACCGACACUAAAAACGGAUGCAAGGGAGACUAAAGUUCAUGCUGAUAUCAAGGAACUCUGAGCCAUUCCAACCUUUUUGUUAGAUUUUCCUUUUUUCCUCUCUAUAAAAUAAAUAUUUAAAUGAAAUGAAUUAUUUGUGUGUAAUUACUAGUUGCAAUCCUGCUUACUACAUCACAUGACUCUACUCAGUAUACAUAACAGUUUGCCAGUCAAAUAUUUCAAUAUAAUUGAUGUAACAUAGCAACGGAUGAUGAUUUAGUGACCCCUUAAAAACCACAGGAAGCCCGAUGUUAAUUGCAAGUUAUACUUCCGCAUUUUCUAGGAAUCCCACCGAGCGUCUAAAACUACUACAAUAGACGCCAUGAUGCCCAAAAUGGUAGAUAUUCUACUCGUUGGGUUUCUUUUAGCUGGUAUUCUGAUCAAACCUUUAACAUGUCCGUCGCUGAAUGAAACCAAGUGUUUGAUGUAUCUUGAUGAAGUCAGGGAGAUACUUGGUUCGAAAGUGCCACCGAUCAAUGACUCUAGAAUGACAGACAACUAUUACAAUAUGUCUAGAGCCUUGUUUCCUUCAGUCGAUUUGCCUUCUUUAUACGUUAGAGUAACGAUACAGUUUCUAAAAGAUUACCAGAAUGGAACUAAGAUGAUCGAUGAUCAAAAGAAGAACUUGAAGUUCACUUGGAGCAAAGCCUGUUCGUAUGUGUCCGUUCAACACAUCAGUCUGUAUGCAAUGUCAGUAUUUUCUCUCUUUACAAUAUAUCCCCAGAGAAGAGAGACGGAGCUGGUCAUAACUGUACCACCCUUUUGUCAUGAUAGUCCUUACCGCGACACGAAGAGCGAGACGUGGAGAUACGUUGUUUCCAUGGUAAGAUUUUGCACUGUAUCAUGUCACAACGUACCUCAAUAGAGCAUUUUCACGUGA